UCACCUGUCUGCCGAGAAGGGUAGACGCGCGCGGGGAAGUCAGCGACUCCCCCGUUUUCUUGACCGCGCGGAGAGGAGGAGGAGGAGGACGGACGGACGGAGGAAAGGAAAGCAGGGGCUGCGAGGCUCCUCCGAUUGGCCCGGCCGCCCGAGGCUGCACGCCCGUACCUGGAAUUGGGAGAUCGGAAUAGCAAGAGAGAGGAGGAGGAGGAGGAGAGAGAGAGAGAGAGAGAGAGAGAGAGAGAAGGAGGGAGGGAGCCACGGGAGGAAUCGGUGUGGGAAGGCUAAAACAAAGACCGUGACCAAGGAGAAUGUGAGGAAAAGCAGAAGAGGGACUGAAAAACAGAAAAGAAGGGAUUGAGACGACUAGAAAAUUUCUAUAUAAGGGAGACAGAGAGGGAGGGAGAGAGAGAGAUUGAGGGAGAGAGAGAGAUAAGGGGAGAGAGAGAGAGGGGGAGAGAGAGAGAGAGAGCAAGAGCCCUGGGAGGAAAACCAGGGCAAAAUCAGUGCAAUACAAUUAAUUGUCUCCGCUUGGAUGCUCUUUUUUUAAUCUUUUCGUCCUUUCAUCUUUCUUUUUAUCUUUUUUCUUCUUUUGCAUGCGCCGCUGUUUUCUGUGCCAUAUCUCCUCUGCCGUCCUCCCAGCCUGGGUCCUCAUAACUUUCUCUCCAUCUGGGGAUGUUUUGUAACUUGGGGAAUUUUGCUCAUACGCUCGGCUAAUACGCACUGUUCCACAUGCCGAGCUAACAUAUCUAUUAUUUAACACGCUUCGUCUAUAAAGAAAAACAUUCAUCGCCUGCAGCUCACCUCGGCUUUGGGGAACGCCUGAGCUUCACCGGAGACAGCGUUUGUUCAGAAGCCAUUGUGCGUCUGUGUCCUGAACUGCAAUUAACUUAAACGGAUCAAUGUCCCGGGGUCCUCUCUCAUAGACUUUAAAGAUAAACGGGGAGAUAAUUCGACUGCGCCGGUCGAAUCUCAACGAGCGUCUGUUCAAGUCACACCGGCGAUCGCUUUUAGCCUAAAGUAAAGCCAACAGUCGGCCUUUUGUCUGAAGUUAAGCCAGCGAUCGAGUCUUAGACUGAAGUCAGAGAUCAGCUUUACGUCUGAGGUUGAGCAAGUGGUAAGUCUUAGUUUGAAGUCAAGCCAAUCAACAAGUGAAGAUACUUCCUCAUUAAAUUGAACAGUUGUGCUCCAGGAUAUCUCCAGGAUAGCCUCUGAUUGGGCAGAAAGUUUGCUUUACCCCUGGUUGAGUGGGGUUAGCUUAGCUCGUCUCCCGGCUGAGGGCAGCGAGUUUAGCCUGGUCCCUGCCGCGGUGGGGUGCUUUAGCUCGGACCCCAGCUUCGUGGGGAUAGACUGGCCCCCGGCCUAAGCGGUCUGAUAGUUUGUGGCCCCUGGGGCCCCUGGUCUCCGGCCAGCUGAUGCGUCGCUCCAGCACCGCCGAGUCGCCGUACCGCCGGAGCCCGUCCCCGGACAGCAACAGCAAGCCGGGCUCCCCGCCGCUGCACUCCGCCUUCCGCCGCUACAGCAGCGACUACGAGUACAGCGGCACCCCCUUCGGCUUCGGCAUCCACACGGCUCCCAAGCCCGGGCCCCAGGCCGCCAAGGGCCGGUACACCAACGCCCAGGGCAAAAAGUACGUGGUGUUUUACCUGGACCUGUCCUUCAUCUUCCUCCUAGAGCUGCGCCACUGCAGGAUGGCCAAGGGCUGCCUGAUCGGUCUGCGCUACGGCAUGGUCUUCUUCAACCUGCUCUUCUGGCUGGGGGGUUGUGGGAUCCUGGGGGUGGGGGUUUGGCUCUCAGUGACACAGGGGAACUUCGCCACCCUCUCCUCCUCUCUCCCCUCCCUCUCCGCUGCCAACCUCCUCAUAACUGUGGGGGCCAUCGUCAUGGUGAUUGGUUGCCUGGGCUGCAUGGGCGCUGUCAAAGAGAGUCGCCCCCUGCUGUUGAGUUUCUUCAUCCUGCUUCUUCUGAUCUUCUUCCUAGAGAUUCUGAUGAUCAUCCUCUUCUAUGCCUAUCAGGAGCAGAUAGAUCGCUACGCCCAGUCCGAUCUGAAGAAGGGCCUUCAGCUGUUUGGUACCGAAGGCAACGUGGGACUGACCAAUGCCUGGAGUAUUGUGCAAACCGAUUUCCGAUGCUGCGGGGUGACCAAUCACACGGACUGGUUUGAGGUGUACAACGCCACCCGCGUGCCGGACUCCUGUUGCCUGGAGUACAGCGAUAACUGCGGCCUGGAGAACCCUGGGACCUGGUGGACUGCGCCCUGCUAUGAGCGAGUAAAGGGAUGGCUGCAGGAGAACCUGGUAGCUCUGUGGAUCUUCGCCCUGUGUACAGCACUCACUCAGAUUCUGGGGCUGGUCUUCUCCAUGACGAUGUUCUGCCAGAUUGCCAAACCGGAAACCUUCUACGCUUAGAUCACCCUGACACGCCGCCGCUUGGGGACCGGAGGGAAGAUUUAUCAGGAUGCCAGGAACGGAACACUUCCUGCAGGCUCCCUUUCCUCCUUUCAUCGCCCAUUCCUCUUUUCCUCUGUAGUCCUUCUCAGAUCUUUCCCGGUAACAGGUUCACUCCCCGCCCUGUAGCCCUCGUAGACUCAGUGCGAUGCUGUAGCAAAAAAACAGCAGGGGUCUGCAGCCCUGGUCCAGGACAGAUGCAGCCGGGGUCCGCUGGAUUCUGUUUUCACCUUAAAAUCAGCGACCGAUUCAGACCCCAGAAAAACCAGGUGAGGUCAGUUAACUGGUGUAACCGACUGUUUUAAUUUACCCAGCAGCUACAGAGACCCUGUGGCUCUCUUGGACCACAGUCCCAGACCCCUGCUGCAUAACAACACGCUCUGUACAUUUCCUUAACACCGGUGUGACGGCGAAGAACACGAACGUAGAGUUCUUCUGGAGCAAAAUUAACAUUAACAUGGGGAACAGCCUUUGUUUGUAAACAAUACCGGAAUGUAACGUUAGCGGUGUUCUGAAAUUUUCACACGUAUUUUUCAGCCGAUACUGUAACCCUGCCAAGGCCGUUUCUUCCGCGGCAGAGCUCUCAAUAACGCACAUUUCGAAUGUAGAGUAGUAUCACAUCUACCCAAGCAAAAAAAGUGAAUAUGAAAACAAAUAUCGCACGCGCAAAUAUGCGUAAUGAGUGCAAUAUCAGAUUGCGGACCCAGAGCCCAGGGAUGCAGUCUCGUGUAUAAUUGUAAAAUAUCGGCAUGCCAUCAUCUUGAUGUGUAUUGGCUCACUGAGGUCAGACAGGGCAUCUUUGGAGGAAGGGUAAUGAAAUGUAUGUAAAUCUACGUUUAUGUUAAAAAAGUGUAUGUCUUUCAAGAAUGGGCCAGGAAUCUGAGCAGUUCAAUGGUACAAAUUGCAUAACGAAGCCGGUUUGAAACGCUAUGGUCAUAGUGGCAGUGCAUUUUACUAUCAAUACGGAGCAAUGCAAACGGUAAUAUGACCUAUAAACUCAUAUAAUAGUUCGAUUAUAAAAACUCCCAUUUUACAUAUGUGAGUGUAUUGUGUAUAGCCAUAAAUUCAAUUUCAUUGAUUCUGAUCUUUACUUUACUCAUGAACCCGAGAAAAUAUUCCUAUAAUAUAUAAGUCAAUGCCAUUUAUUUUUGUUGUAAGUGGUCUAUAAAUAUGUUAUUUCUUUCUACCAUCGAGCCAUUUUAUAUUUUUUUAUUAUGGAGGGGGUGUUGCUGAGACGUGUUUUCAGAUACCACUUUGAAUAUACCUAGCACGUCUAGCAUUUAAACCAACCCAACAACUUUUUAUGUGCAUGCACUGCAGUUUCAUUCAGCUAGUCAACACAAAGUUCACAUUAAAGGGGAAUGUCAGCCUAAAAUCAAUUUCCGAUGGCAAAUGUAUUCAUCCGCAGAGAACAUGGUUAAAAGGUCCAUUGGCUCAACACACCAAUCUUCAAGAUACCAGUGUCCCAUCCUGCAAAGAUUUAAGACACGUAGUAUGUAGUAGCAACGCACAGCCAAGAACUGCUUCAGGUGCAGAAAGUAUUACAUCUAGACAGCAACUUUAAUAUCUUCUUUUUUUUUUUUUUUUUUUUUACCUUCCAACAAUAGUGGGGGAGAGGUGAGGGAGGGGGGAGGGGGGCUGUGAAAAUACACUCACAUUGAAGUUCUUUAAAUAAAUAAAUACAUAAAUAAAUAAAUAAAAAGUAAAUAAAUAGAAACUUCGCAAACCACUCCAAGGCAUUUACUGAGUUAUCUCCAGGGCCUAGAAUGUUAACAUCAGCUGAAAUCCUUUUUGCUUGGACAUUCUGCUAGCAUAAGAAUAUGACCGCAGUACCAGCCAUACAGGUUCUUGUGUUCUUUCCUUUACGGAGCUGUCCGGGGCUGGUGCAUCCGCUGUACAAAGUGUGAUUCAUGAGGUUUAUUUGUGACCCAUCACUUUUCAGUGUUGCAUUACAGGCAUUUGUCAUUGCUUAGGUCAUGUCGCAUUGUUUUGGACAGGCCGCACAUUCAGUGAUAGCGCAUCGCCCACAGAGCAACCAGCGGACACAGAUUCCAAGAAAAGUCAUAAUAAAUUCCGGAAUGCAUAUGGCUACAGUGCGUUUAGGACAAAAUGAAUCUGUGGUGGCACAAGCUUGUGCAUAUUGGCCACACACUUUAAAUCCCCAAUGACAUUUACUUCUUCAGCCUAUAAACAAAGAUUGCAUUUUAAGAUGCUGGGCAUGUUUGGAAUAGAAUCCCAGCUGUUUUGCCCUUCAUAUGGCAGAAACAGUUUGGACUUGGAGUUUUGUCAAAUAUGGAUUUCCAAGGUUAUCAAAUAUUAUCUUAAAAAUGGUAAAAUUGUUCAAAAUGUGUAUAUUCUACAUAUUAAUAAUGAAAAUGAAAUACAACACAUAGGCAUUGUUGGCCAAACAAGUGUUAUGUAACCAUGAAAGUCCACGGUCAAGUCUUUGUGCUGUAUUAACUUCAAUGCCGGCUCUGUACAUUAUUCACACUGUAAACUGAAUAUUAAGAAAUGUGCACAUGGAAACAAAGAUAUAUAGAAGUACAUAUAAAAUGAAGAAAUAAAAAGCUCUUUCUUAA